AUGAUUGACAGAGGCAUGGGAUUUCCCGCCGAUGGCGUCGACAAUCAUGGCUGGAAGUUAUACAUCACAUCCUUAGUGAUGAUCAUUUCUUCAGGUCUGUUUGUCAUUGCGAGAUGUAUUGCGCGGUACUCGAUACACAAGCUGGGAUCAGACGAUGUUGCCAUUAUUGUUUCUCUGAUAUCAUCUGUUCUUCUGUCGACGUACAUACAACUUGCGAUACACCAUGGCUACGGAAUGCACAAAGAGGACCUCGUAAAGCCCGAUCUUCGAAUGGCAUUGAAGAUGUUCUUCAUCGCCCAGACACCGUACAAAGCAACUGUCUGUCUCAACAAAGUCGCCGCGAUUCUACUAUACCUCCGACUGUUUGUCACAAAAUCGUUUCGUGUUUGGUCUUUUGUCGUGCUGGGAGUUGUAGUGGGAUACAGUAUCGGUGGUAUUGCAGCGACAAUUUGGCAAUGCGUCCCUAUCAAAGGGGCUUGGGACAAGUCUGUCGAUGCCAAGUGCAUCGACUCGAACAAGUUUUGGGUUGCUUACGCUGUCCUCAACAUCUUGACUGACGUUAUGGUCUUGGCUCUUCCGAUCCUGCCUAUCAUGCGGCUUCAGACCAGUAGACGGGAGAAACUGCUGCUCUGCUGCAUCUUUCUUUUUGGUGGAUUUGUUACCAUCACAUCAAUCCUCAGAGUAACUUCGGUCUCUAAUUCUCUCAGGAAUAAGAAAGACAUUACAUGGAACUUCAUCGAUCGCGGCGUAUGGACUCUGAUCGAAGCUAACCUGGGAAUCAUUGCCGCUUGUUUGCCGGUGCUACGACAACCCAUGGGUAAACUGUUCCCUCGCAUUUUCGGAUCAACCAAAAAGAGCUCCUUGUACUAUACAGGGCUGGGUGCUCCCACAAAGGGCUACAACUUGUCAGAUAUAGCUGCUCGAAGCCCUCGUCCAGGUAUUUGGAAGAGUGACGCAUCUAGAUCUGAACAAAUUAUUUCUGUUGGUGGGCCACAAACAGAAGCAAGUCGGGACAGUGACGAGCGCGGCAUUAUUGCACAUUCAGUCAAAGGGAGUGAUUUUGGGAGUGAGCUGGCUACUCAUAAACCUGAUUUAAGUAGAUAG